AUGCCGUUGUUCCAGCCGUUCAGGGCGAUAGGCUACAUAACAGAUGACACGCCGUUCUCCGUACGGCGGGUGGGAACCGAGACGUAUGUGACCGUUAGCGUCGGUCGCGCCUGGCAAAUCUACAACUGCGCGAAGCUUCGCCUGGUCUUCGUUGGAACCGAGCUUCCCAAGUCGAUCCGUGCGCUCACCUCUCAUCGCGACCGCACCUUUGCUGCAUUCGGCACCGACAUUGCCGUCUUUUACCGCUCACACCAGGUGGGAACGUUCAAGGGCCACAAGGCGAAGAUCAAGCUGCUGCUGGGGUUUGGCGAAUACCUGAUUUCAGUGGAUAGGCAUAAAGAAUCCCCUCUUUACCUUCUCUCCUAUUGCUCCCCCCAUCAGGUGGGAACUCUCAAGGGCCACAAGGCGAAGAUCAAGCUGCUGCUGGUGUUUGGCGAAUACCUCCUCUCAGUGGACGAGCACAGGCAUGUGCUCCUGUGGCUGGUCAGAGGGGCACAAAGAGAUGCGCCCAAGGGAGAGGGAGAGAAGGGAAAGGGGAAGGAGGGGAGGGAGGAGAGGGAAGAGAAUGAGGAGGAGGAGGAGGGUAGAGGGGGAAGAGACGGACUGGAGGGAGGUAGAGGUGGGAACGAAGAGGGGAAGAAGCCAGUAGGGGCUGACCAGGGGGGGUUUGUUCUGGAGCCGCUCGGGCAGUUUCAGCUGCCCGAGGGGUUCAACCCGACGGGGGUAAUUCACCCCGACACAUACCUCAACAAGGUCCUGUUCGCGUCCGAAGAUGGGCGCAUGCAGCUGUGGAACGUAAAUUCCAGGAAGCUUCUGUACGAGUUCAAGGGGUGGGCUGUGGGGAUAACAGCGCUGGUGGGGUCGCCUGCGUUGGAUACGGUAGCAGUGGGGUGCAGCGACGGCAAGGUGCAUGUGCAUAACAUAAGGCUGGAUAAGCCAGUGGUGGAUUUCACCCAUGCUGCUGCCGGUGCUGUGACAUCCCUGGCCUUCAAUUCAGUGGCAGUGGGUUGCAGCGACGGCAAGGUGCAUGUGCAUAACAUAAGGCUGGAUAAACCCGUCGUGGAUUUCACCCACGCUGCUGCCGGUGCUGUGACAUCCCUGGCCUUCAAUUCAGUGCAUAACAUUCGGCUGGAUAAACCUGUGGUGGAUUUCACCCACGCUGCUGCUGGUGCCGUCACUUCCCUCGCCUUCAACUCAGUGGGUUGCAGCGACGGCAAGGUGCAUGUGCAUAACCUAAGGCUGGAUAAGCCGGUGGUGGAUUUCACCCACGCUGCUGCUGGCGCCGUCACUUCCCUGGCCUUCAACUCAGACGGUCAACCUCUGCUAGCAGUGGGGGGCAUGGGAGGCGCCAUCAGCGUGUGGGACCUCACCAACCGCCGCCUGCACUCCAUCAUCCCCGACGCCCAUGAUGGCCGCGUGGCUGCUCUCUCCUUCCUCGUGAAUGAACCCCUGCUGCUCUCUGCCGGCGCUGAUAACAGCCUCAAGAUCUGGAUAUUUGAUUCAGUGGACGACAACCCUCGUCUCUUGCGCUACCGCACAGGACACAGUUCGCCGCCCUGCUGCAUCAAGUACUACAGGAACGGCCGUCACAUCCUCUCGGCUGGCCUUGACAGAAGCUUCCGCAUCUUCUCCACCGUUCAGGACCAGCAGAGCCGGGAGUUAUCGCAGGGCAACUUCGAGAAGAGGAUGAAGAGGGCGAUGAUGAAGGAGGAGAAGCUGAAGCUGUCCAAGGUGGUCUGCAUAGAUGCUGCUGAGGUGCGGGAGAGGGACUGGGCGAAUGUGGUCACCUGUCACGAGAACCCAGCGGCAUUCGUGUGGGAGCUGAGGAACUUUGUGAUCGGCAAGCUUAAGCUGGUGCCGCCAGGAAUUGAACCCUCGCCUGCCACUGCGUGUGCUGCCAGCAUGUGCGGCAACUUUGCUCUAGUCGGCACCUCAGCGGGUCAUCUGCAUCUCUUCCACCUGCAGUCUGCACGGCACCGCGUGGCGUACCAGACAGAGAAGAUGCAGUACAGCCCGGCGCAUGCCGGCAUGGUGACGGGCGCUGCUAUCGAUGCUCUGAACCGACACAGCGUUAGCUGCGGCAGAGACGGGCGAGUCAAGACAGAGAAGAUGCAGUACAGCCCGGCACAUGGCGGCAUGGUGACUGGCGCUGCUAUUGACGCACUCAACAGACACAGCAUCAGCUGCGGCAGAGACAGGCACAUUAAGGUGAGAGAGACUGUGAGAGCACAGUUAGGCAGUAGAGCAGAGAGCGUGGCGUACCAGUCAGAGAAGAUAAAGUACAGCCCGGCACAUGGCGGUAUGGUCACGGGCGCUGCUAUUGACGCGCUUAACAUGCACAGCAUCAGCUGCCGCAGAGAAGGGCAUGUCAAGGUGAGAGAGAGAGGGCACCUGCAGGCAGCAGAACAGAGAGUGUGGCGUACCAACACAGCAUCAGCUGCGGCAGGGAUGGGCAUGUCAAGGUGUGAAAGAACACCUGCAAGCAGCAGUGCAGAUAAUGUGGCGCACCAGUCAGAAGGCGCGAGCAGAGAUGGGUUUAUUAUAUACAUGCUGCAUCCACGUGCCCGUCCUUCCCCCCUCGCCCCCAACCCCUUCCCCCUCGCCCCCAACCCCUUCCCCUCGCCCCCAACCCCUUCCCCCCUCGCCCCCAACCCCUUCCCCCUCGCCCCCAACCCCUUCCCCCUCGCCCCCAACCCCUUCCCCCUCGCCCCCAACCCUUCCCCCUCGCCCCCAACCCCUUCCCCCUCGCCCCCAACCCCUUCCCCCCUCGCCCCCAACCCCUUCCCCCUCGCCCCCAACCCCUUCCCCCUCGCCCCCAACCCCUUCCCCCUCGCCCCCAACCCCUUCCCCCUCGCCCCCAACCCCUUCCCCCUCGCCCCCAACCCCUUCCCCCUCGCCCCCAACCCCUUCCCCCCUCGCCCCCAACCCCUUCCCCCCUCGCCCCCAACCCCUUCCCCCCUCGCCCCCAACCCCUUCCCCCUCGCCCCCAACCCCUUCCCCCCUCGCCCCCAACCCCUUCCCCCUCGCCCCCAACCCCUUCCCCCUCGCCCCCAACCCCUUCCCCCUCGCCCCCAACCCCUUCCCCCUCGCCCCCAACCCCUUCCCCCUCGCCCCUUUCCCCUCCCAUUUUUUCCCUAUCAGUCGGCCGUAUUCUUCCCACCGCCUUUGCCCCCAGGUCUGGUAUCUGGUAACUAG